GGACAGUCCACAUUUCUGGAAGAGAAGCCAGAGUUGGGUUUGCCAGGCAGUCUGAGAGAGGAGUGAGGAGGAUGGCAAUCAUAGCUCUGUCUCCAUAGCACCCAUCUCCCUGGGCCUCAGAGGAGGGUGAGAGACUGCAGGCGUCCCCACAGCAGGCUCUACCAUGGUAUCAAGACAGCAUGCAGGCACCAGGAUGGGUCUGCUGCAACAGAGGUGCGCUGGGCACUUGCCCUGUGCACUGAGCCUCCUCAAAGCUGACGGGACCUUGGCCUUGAUGCUCUAUGCGCUGCUGUGGGAAGCCGGAAACCUGGUCAACCUCCCUGACAAACAUAUUUGCUUUCACAACUUCUGCCUGUGGAAUGAGACAGCCCAGGAGCUGCAGUGCCUGGACUACAAGCAUCUGAAGGUGAUGGGCAUCAGCCUACCAGGACUGGUGCUAGCCAGGGUUUCUGUGGGUACCUGCCUGGCCCUCAGCAUCUUCUACCCCAUAUUUUUCACACAUGCAAAGUGCACAGAGGAAAAAGAAGGCUGGAAGAUGAUCGUCAUCGUACUCAUCAUCCAGACGACAAUCCUGUCUGGAGGGAUGGGUAUGUUUCUUUUCCAAAGCUCGCAGUGGAUUCAUCGCUGGGACUUUACUGGGGCCUUCCUGGCACUGCUUGGGACUCAGGCUCUGCUACGGCUCCACACUCCCACUGCCACCAUGUACCUCAGCUGGGCCAAGCACACACUCAUGUCAAAGCCGUUUGACAGAACGCCCUGCCCAUGGAGAUUUGACAGUGAAGAACAUGCAAGAGCUAUUGCUAACCUGGUUUAAAACAAAACUCCCGCUAUAACUUUAGCCACUGGCAGGAAUUUGAUCCCUAGUCCAAAGGCCCAUGAUCAGCCACGCUCUGACACAUGGCCCUGUGCAGCAGUCCUGCAGUGAGCCCGCAGCACACACCAACACACACCACAGAGUGCAAAAGCUUCCCAGGAACAGCAGUGUGUAACACACACCGCUCGACCUGGGGCACAGGAACAAGGUGACCAUUUCUGGCCCUGAGCCAGCCGGCAGUGGAGGGGACAGACCAGAACAAGCACACAGUGGACAGAGCCCCCUGGUUCUAUCUCGCCCAAGUACAAGCAGGAAGAGAAGCAAACAGGCUUCCUUUCUUGGAGCUGUCCAAAGACACUGCUCCUCCUCCACCUCCUGGACUUACCA